AUGGCAUCACCAAACAAUAAUGCUCCCGGGGGAGAGGAGGAAGAUGAUGACUACAUGAACAUGACCUUCGGCGAGGAAGAGCCCAAAGUCACAGAAACAUCUCUCCAGCGGCGACAACGGCUCAAGCGCGAGGGUGAGAUCAAGGGGCGCGUCAAGUCAAAGGCCGAGCAGGCCGCAGCAGAACGCGAGGAGCGUGAGAAAGCGUUAAAUGAGUCAUUACUGGACAGUGCCCGGGCAAAGAAGAGCAAGGGCUUUGCUAUGAUGGCGAAAAUGGGAUUUAAGCCUGGCGUCGCACUCGGCAGCGCGGACAGCGCCGAACACGCGCGUCUGGAGCCUAUACGUCCCCAGAUGAAGGAAGACCGAGGCGGUAUUGGCCUCGACUCGGAUCGCAAGCGCGCGCUUAACGAAGCAGCAGUCCAUAGCGAGAAGAGGCAGAAGGUCGAUGAGACGGAGUUCCGAGACCGCGUGCGUAGGGAGCGCGAGCAGGCGAGGCUAGAGCGGCAAGUUUAUGCCGCGAUGAAGGUGUGCGAGCGCAUGGACGAGGAAGAGCAAGGAGGCACGAAAGCGGACGGUGAAGAAGCAGAAGAGACAACGGCAAAGAUGCGAAAGAAGAGGACAAUAUCUACGCGACCCCUAAAAUCCAUCCCGGUAGUCUGGCGCGGCCUAAUCCGAAACCAGGAGGAAGCAGAGCGGGAUCGGCGAAUGCGGCACGACCUAGAGCAGAGCUCAACACGGCUUCCGACUUUCGUGGAAGACUUAGAAGAUGACGAUAAGACGGCGUUAGGAAAGACAGCUACGGCGUAUGUCCAAGUUGAGGAUCUCGAGGAGGAAGAUCCGGAGCUGGAUGAGUUCAAUGCGCUCGAGGUUGAGGAGAGGUUAAAGAGGCUGGUAGAGUAUCUUAGGAAGCAGUAUAAUUACUGCUUCUGGUGUAAAUGCGGCUAUCCGGACGAGACGAUGGAAGGGUGUCCCGGGUUGACGGAGGAGGAUCAUGAUUGA